UGCUUAACGUGGUUACGAAGGACGGUGAGAAUAUAAGGCGAGAAAACCUAGAACCAAAAGGCAAAGGUGCAUCGAUAUAGAAAUUAAAAGUACAAGAGGUUAGCCGCAAAGAGCGUCACAAUAGCCAUGGAACCUCAUUGCACAUUUCAUCCAUGUGAUGAAGCUGUGAUUGCUACUAACGACGACGCUAGCGAUUGUAAGCGAUUUGCCGUUCGCUUGGGUUAUUGGAAAGACGACUAUAUUGGAUAUUUUGUGCGCAAUCAAGAUCGAAAGGCACCUGAAAUUAAUCGCGGUUAUUUUGCCCGAGUAAAAGGAGUUGAGAUGUGUAUAGAGAAGUUCCUCAAGAAAACUGAUGGAAAUUGCCAAAUCAUAAAUCUAGGGUGUGGAUUCGAUACCUUGUAUUUUCGCCUGAGGGAUGCACUACAUCAGAUAAAAAAUUUUAUUGAGCUGGAUUUUCCUACAGUCACCGCCCGAAAAUGCUAUACUAUUAAGCGCAACAAAGCUUUACUCGCCAAAAUCCAUGACGAAGAUGGCGAAGUUCGUCUUAGCACAACCGAUUUGCAUGGUCCAAACUAUCACCUGAUGGGUGUUGACCUUCGCAAUGUCGACGAUUUGGAUAAUAAACUUCAACAAGCUGAAAUUGACUACGGCCUUCCGACGAUUUUUCUUGCCGAGUGUGUAUUAGUGUAUAUCGAGGCACAGAAUUGCAAAAAUUUGCUCAAGUGGAUUGCUAGUAAAUUUAGUACUGCUGUUUUUGUUAACUACGAGCAGGUCAAUAUGAACGACAGAUUUGGGGAAGUUAUGCUGAACAACUUGCGAAGUAGGGGUUGCAGUUUAGCUGGCGUUGAGUCGUGUAUUUCUUUAGAUACACAAAUGAGUAGAUUUCUCGAAUGCGGGUGGACAGGAAGUCGGGCCUGGGACAUGGUGCAGGUUUAUCAAAGUAUAUCGCAGGUCGAGCGACAACGUGUGGAAAGACUAGAAAUGCUCGAUGAAGCUGAACUUCUUAUACAGCUAUUCCAACAUUAUUGCCUUGCCAUCGCUUGGAUAGGAGAACUAUUUCAAGACAUUGAAAUCACAGUGGAAAAACGUAUGUCAUCACUGAACAUCGAUUAAAGGUGACUGAGAAACUGAUGGAUUAAGGCAUAAAAUAUUCAUUUAUUUACUAGAACUACAUAUGGAGCCAGUGUAUUGAAAGGAAUAACAAAACUCGAAAUCGCUUAUUUAACUUGGAAGCACCCUAAAUUCAGCUGCAAUUAUUUUUGUAAAAGUUAUUCUCUUAAUUAUAAAAUAAAAGUUGGAUAGUUAAUUGUGUACUAACAAAUAUACAUAUCGUUACCUUAAUAUACAGACAUAUAAACUAAUUGUCUGAUGUAGUAGUUGGUUUUAUAUUCGACUUUUCUAUUAACUUUCUAUUAAGGUAGCGAUAUGUAUACAUAUGUAUGUAUAUGUGUAUGUAGAUAUACAUAUGUAUAUACCCUGCCAGCAUUUUCUAUCGUGGUUCUACAAGUCGGUGCUCAAAAAUCUGUAACCGUGUAAUAGAAAUACCAUGAUAUAAGGUCAUGUAAAAGACACAUAAUAGAUGAUUUUUAUAAAACUGCAGUAAAUAUACUACUAAAACGA